GUAGGGGCAAGUAAGAGGGAAUAGUAGCGCCUUUUAUUAUAGUUAUAGAUGUCUAUUUUAGUAUUAUUUUGUCUGGUUUUUUGAGCAUUUGAUCAAUGUCAGCUUGUGGCAUUCAAACUUCAUUUGCAUUUUGGAAACAAAAAUGGUGCGUGCAUGGGUAAAAGAAGCAAGAAGUGAAGGUGGGUCCCCUCCUCCACCCAAGAAAAGAAAGUUCAGAUAAACUCAAAAGAACUUCACAGAUCAGAGAUCAGUGGAUCAUGGCCGUCCCUUCAAGACAAAACGAUGUAGGGGUCCAACAAAAUGCGAACUACAUACAUACGCCACGAGUACUGGUUCUUUGUUUUUUUCAUAAUUAGCUGAGAUUUUGGAUUCUUUAUUUUAAUUUUUAUGUUUAAUUUUCUAGAAGUUCUAAGUUCCCCACUCUUUCAACUUUUUUUCUGCUGUUUUGCGCCUCGUUAUGUGCCUAUAAAUGGCUCCCUCCCAUAAUCCCAUUUCACACGCCUUAAGACUAACAUAAACACGUUAAGAAAAGAAUAGUGAGAUCUCGGGAGAAACAAUGGAUAUCACUUUUCCUGUUAUGGACUUCUCCAAACUCAAUGGUGAGGAGAGAGCGGCCACCAUGGAACUGAUCAAAGAUGCCUGUGAGAAUUGGGGUUUCUUUGAGCUGAUGAACCAUGGAAUAUCUCAUGAGCUGAUGGACACUGUAGAGAGGAUGACAAAAGAGCACUACAGAAAUUGCAUGGAGCAAAGGUUCAAAGAAAUGGUGGCAAGUAAGGGUCUUGAGGCUGUUCAGUCUGAGAUCAAUGACGUGGACUGGGAAAGCACCCUCUUCUUGCGCCACUUGCCUGAAUCAAACGUAUCUGAAAUUCCUGAUCUUGAAGAAGAUUACAGAAAGGUGAUGAAGGAAUUUGCAGUGGAGUUGGAGAAGCUGGCAGAGCAACUUUUGGACGUCUUGUGUGAGAAUCUUGGGUUGGAGCAUGGUUACCUGAAAAAAAUCUUUUAUGGGUCCAAAGGGCCAACUUUUGGUACCAAGGUCAGCAACUACCCUCCAUGCCCCAAGCCAGACCUAAUCAAGGGCCUCAGGGCUCACACUGACGCUGGUGGAAUCAUCUUACUCUUCCAAGAUGACAAGGUCAGUGGCCUUCAGCUCCUCAAGGAUGACCAGUGGAUCGAUGUUCCUCCAAUGAAACACUCCAUUGUCAUCAACCUUGGUGACCAACUUGAGGUGAUCACCAAUGGCAAGUAUAAGAGUGUGAUGCACCGUGUGAUUGCUCAAACAGAUGGUACCAGAAUGUCUAUUGCUUCCUUUUACAACCCAGGCAGUGAUGCUGUUAUAUAUCCAGCACCAGCUUUGCUAGAGAAAGAAUCUGAGAAAUCCCAAGUGUACCCCAAAUAUGUGUUCGAGGACUACAUGAAGCUCUACGCUGGCCUGAAGUUCCAGGCCAAGGAGCCAAGGUUCGAAGCCAUGAAGAGCAUGGAGUCCACAGUUAACUUGGGUCCUAUUGCAACUGUUUGAGUCCUUUAGUGACUGAAGAGAAAUGGGUUUAGUAGUGUGUUUCUGUUAAUAAGUUUAGUCUGCUGAUGGAUCAAUUCUGGUAUUGUUCUGGAGUUAAUGAGUCUAUUGGCUAGCUGUAUGGAGCUUAGUAGUUUAAAUAAGCUGAAAAAGCUUGGACUAAGAGUUCCUCUGUUAUACAUGAUGCCUAGUGGCUGUGCUUUUUUAAUGAGAUGUUUCUGUUUGUAUAAAGCGACCGAAUUAUACCUGAUAUUAAAUUGUCCUUAAAGAUUUUAUUUUGGCUUUA